AAUUAGUGUGUUUUUUUCCACGCACCCAAAACCACGCGCGAGCUGCAUGAAGUUACAUGAGAUAACGGCAGCGGCAAAUAAUUUAAAACAGAAACUUUUGGGUGUUUUUGACAAAAUAUUAACAACAAUUUAAGUUUUAAAAAGAUUAAAGAAAAGGACCGUUUGACUUAACGGAUUCGGGAGGAGACGCGGGAGUCACACAACAGGCUGGUUUAUAGCUGUUCUGGUUUAAGAUAAGGAGGCUAACAUUAGCCGACUUGCUUUGCUAAAUAACAGUUUUUUGAAGGGAAAACAUUUGAGAAAAUCAAACGUAUGAUUUAUAUUGACGUUUGGGGCGAACGACUUUCGCUUUUGUUUGAAACUUCGCUUUAAAGCAAGUAAUUGUGAGAGUCAGGUGGGGAUGUCUGCUCCAUCUGGUCGUUGGAAUAAUGAAGGGUCCACAAAUGUAUCAGGGAACGACUCAGACGACGAGACUAAGCUCCCUCUCAACCAGUUCUAUCCAUACAUCCGUUGUGGCCUCUGCUGUGGAUUCCUCAUCGAUGCCAGCACCAUCACAGAGUGCCUGCACACAUUUUGCAAAAGCUGCAUCGUGAAGCAUUUCUUCCACACUAACAGAUGCCCCACAUGCAGCAUCGUGGUCCAUCAGACACAGCCUCUGUACAACGUCAGACCUGACAGGCAGCUGCAGGAUAUCGUUUACAAAAUGGUUCCUUUCCUGGAAGAACUUGAAAGAAAACAAAUAUGUAAUUUCUACAAGAAAAGAGGUCUCCCCGUACCCAAACCAGUGGUCCCCUCCCCUCAGGGUCCCGUUGUAGUGAAGAGACAGAAAAGGGACAGCUUUCCUCUGCCUGUGUUCACCAUCCCUCCUGAGCUGGACGUGUCUCUACUCCUGGAGUUUGUUGGAGCAGAAGAGGGAAUCUGUGAUUUUAAGCCACUAGAGAGGAAGUACGUGUGCGUGUCGGGGGAGGCCACGGUCCGCCAUGUGGAGCUGUUCAUCAGGAAGAAGAUGGAGCUGACUUCAACCUGCCAGGUGGAUAUGGUUUGUGGAGAUCACCUUCUGGAUCAUUACCAGUCACUGAGAGACAUACAGAAGUCUGUUGGAAAAGAGGCUCUACAGGACGGUCUGCUGGUUCUACACUUUGGUUUGGUCCUGCCCUCCCAGUCCUGAACACAAGGUGGACUUUAUGUUGAUAUUUUUCUCAACUUUUUGAAGAAAACUGCUUGUUUUUACAGCCACAAAUGGAUGCCUUAAUACUUGUGCGGGACUUGUGGAUGAAGCUUUUCAGGACCUGUUUACAUGAGAACAUUUGUCACAGAUAAGCUGUUUGGGUUCCUGAAAAACUGUUUGACAUGAACCAACGUAAACCUCAACUCAUCCAUUCAGGCUUUUAUUUAUGCGAGUUGAACACAAGCAACACGUUGACUGAAGUAAGGACCACAACGACACACAUUUGAAUGAAAGUGUCAAAAGUUUCACUGCCAUUUUGUUAGAAGUUAGUGCUGCUGUAGCUGAAUUAGAUUUAAGUUUAGCUUCUUUCAAACUCAACAAGAAAGGCCUCGUCUGUUCUACUGAUUUAUGCAGGAGCCUCAGACACUCACCUGGGUCUUUUUUCUUCAAGGAUUACAUGUGAUUUCAAGUUAGAAAAACUACAAAUACCAAAGACGUUUGUAAACCUCAAAGCUGGGAUGUGUCCACAGUAGUGAAAGAAUGUGAAUGUAAAACUCUUCUUUAGAACACAAAUGCUGUUUUCUGGAGGUUUUUCUGCAAAAUGACCUUUUGUAUUUUCUCAAUUUCAAAUAAAAUAAUCAAAAACGUUCUCA